AUGCCUCCAAAGAAGCACAUAGAAGAGAAGAAAGUACUGCUGGGACGUCCUGGAAACAAUUUAAAGUCAGGUAUUGUCGGUUUGGCCAAUGUUGGUAAGUCAACUUUUUUCCAAGCUAUUACCAGAUCACCUCUUGGAAACCCAGCCAACUACCCAUUUGCUACCAUCGACCCCGAAGAGGCCAGAGUUAUUGUCCCAUCUCCUCGUUUGGACAAGCUGACGGAAGUUGUCAAGCCUAAGGCUAAGAUUCCUGCCUUCAUCACUGUCUACGAUAUUGCAGGGUUGACUAAGGGUGCUUCAGCAGGUGAAGGUUUGGGAAACGCUUUCUUGUCUCACAUUAGAGCAGUUGAUGCUGUCUUCCAAGUUGUCAGAUGUUUCGAUGAUGCAGAGAUUAUUCAUAUUGAGGGUGAUGUUAACCCAGUUCGUGACUUGGAGAUUAUCAGUAACGAGUUGAGACUCAAGGAUAUUGAGUUUGCUCAGAAGCAUCUGGAAGCUGUUGAAAAGAUCACUAAGAGAGGAGGUCAAUCUUUGGAAGUAAAGCAAAAGAGAGACGAGGCUGAGUUUGUUAAGAAGCUCAUAGCCCUUUUGGAAGAUGGUCAAAGAGUGGCCAAUCAAAAUUGGGGACCUAAGGAAGUUGAGAUCAUCAACUCGAUGCAAUUAUUGACAGCUAAACCUUCCAUCUACUUAAUCAACCUUUCUGAGAAAGACUACAUCAGAAAGAAGAACAAGCACUUGUUGCCCAUCAAGCAAUGGGUUGACAAGUACUCCCCUGGUGACGUGAUCAUUCCAUUUUCUGUUUGUUUGGAAGAGAAACUAUCACAGAUGGAGACUGACGAAGAGAGGGAAGAGGAGCUGAAGAGAUUAGGCACCACCUCCGCUCUUCCCAAGAUCAUUACUAUUAUGCGUAAGACCCUAGGAUUGAUUUCCUAUUUCACUUGUGGUCCUCAAGAAGUAAGAGAAUGGACGAUCAGAGAAGGUACUAAGGCCCCUCAAGCCGCUGGUGUCAUCCACAAUGAUUUGAUGAACACCUUCAUUCUGGCCCAGGUUCAAAAGUAUGAAGAUUUGAUUGAAUACGGCGAUGAAGCUGCGGUCAAGGCUGCUGGUAAACUUCAACAGAAGGGUAAGGAUUACGUUGUUGAAGACGGUGACAUCAUAUAUUUCCGUGCUGGUGCUGGUAAGAACUAA